GCAGCGGGCGGCGCGGAGCGGGUGGUGGAGGCGCAGGCCGACGGCGGGGCGUUGCGCAGUGGGGAAGAUGACAGGCGCGGAGCUGCUGUGGGGCGGCGUUGUCGUGCAGCCCCGGGACUGAUGCAGAAGGUCAACAAGAACGCGGUGCUGGCUGUGCUGAGCCUGACCAGCCUGGUGUUCCUCCUCUUCCAGCUCUACUACUACAAGUUCUACCUGUCGCAGAAGAAUGGAGCAGUUUUUUCAAAAGCCAGAGGAGGCCAGUCCGGCCAAGACAACACUAGAUGGCAUGUGGUUAGGAAGUUCCUAGGCUUAAUAUCCAGUCACAACAUACCAGUGUAUUUGAUUGAUCCUUUAAUUCUGGGACUUAUUGAUAAAGACAUUGAACAGAUCAGAAGUUCUUCUGAUGGUCCUAGUCCAGAAUGCAAGUACUUCUGUGCUCCAAGAGACUUCACUACAUUUGCACUACUGGACAAAGCGUGGAAACAUGAAGUGGGACUUUUUAGAACUGCUGAGAAGAUGGGGUUCCAGUGGCUAAAGGUUCUAAACAAGGACCCUCGCUUGGAUGGGAUGGAUGACCUGUCUGGCACUGAAAUUCCCUUGCACUACAUUUUUAAACUGGCGUCUCAUGCCAUUCACCUGGUGGUGUUCUAUGAGAGGAGUGGUAAUUUCCUCUGGCAUGGCCCCCUAAGGCUCAAGCAACAUAUGGACAGAAAAUUUGUGUCUUUCCGGAAGCUCCACUUUGGUCGCUACCCUGGAGCGUAUGAAAGGCCUGAACUUCUGCUUGUUUCUAUUGAUGACUUAAAAGUUCAAAUUCCAAAAAAUCCAUCCAGUUUUCUAGAAGAGAUGUCACACUCUAGAUUUCUUGAAUGUAGGUACAGAGAAGCUCGGGCUUUCUUUCAGGUGUAUCCUGAUGAUGCCUCUGUUGAUGCAGUGGAAUUCAGAAAAAGAGCAAAAUCCUUGCUGCAUUUAGCUGCCCUGACACUGAAUAACUUGGGAGUAAAGUUCUGGCUGAGCAGUGGAACGUGCCUUGGAUGGUAUAGACAGUGCAGUGUCAUUCCUUACAGCAAAGAUGUGGACCUGGGGAUCUUUAUAAGGGACUACAAAGCUGAUAUCAUCCCAGCCUUUCAGAAAGCAGGAUUACCAUUAAAGCACAAAUUUGGCAAGGUAGAAGACAGUUUGGAACUCUCUUUCCAGGGAGAUGAUGAUGUGAAACUUGAUAUUUUUUUCUUCUAUGAAGAAGAUGACUACGUAUGGAAUGGCGGAACUCAGGCAAAGUCGGGCAAGAAAUUUAAGUAUCUCUUCCCGAAGUUUACUCUGUGCUGGACUGAAUUUGUAGAACUCAAGGUCCAUGUACCCUGUGAGACCCUGCAGUAUGUUGAAGCCAACUAUGGCCCAGACUGGAAGGUUCCUGUCAAGACAUGGGACUGGAAGAACUCACCAUCCAACGUGCAGUACAACGGUGUCUGGCCUGUCGAUGAAUGGGAUGAAGUCAUUCAAAUCUACUGAAGGUCUCUCUGCUCCCAGAAAGUGUCUGGUAUCCUUGAAAUUGUCAGUCUGUAAUUUCCUGUUUCCCAACUGCUACUUUUGUAUCUCCUCAUCUGUUUCCUGAAGAGACAGUUUCCAUUUUUUGCAGAUAAUUUUACACGUUCAUUGUGAGUUGUCCACAUAGUUAAAGAUUAAAGGCAGAUUGUGGAAACUAAGGAGAAGAAAAGCUGAAAGUAAAAGUGUACAAAAUCUUUCAGUAAGUGUAUGGGCAGUUGACUAUAAAGGCAAAACCCAUGGCCAAGCUGCUUGAUCUGGGGAUCAUCAAAACCUUGGGACCAUUCACUUCUCAAGAAAGAUAGGAAGGAAAAUCCUUAAGAUAUUCUGUUUGGUUUUUUUUUCUUUUUUUUUUUUUUUUCUGAGGAGCU